AUGGAGGAAAAGAAGGGAUUUUGGCUGAGCCUGAAUGAGGCCUUGUCGAGCGGCCCAACGGCUUCGAGCGGAAUGCUCACGCCGCGCCUAUUCUCCGUUUGGGACUCCGUCUCCAACGACAACCGCGAGACCGUGGUGUAUAACGGCGAUUCCGUCAUACUUAGCCAUGAUCGCGGUCCUGGUUCCUACGGAGUCCUCAUUAGAAUUUGCUACAAGUUCGGACUGGGCCUUGUCAUUCCCUUUUCCGAGGCCCAGGCAUCGAACGUGCUGUCUACGGCGGAGCUCCAUAAGCAAAUGGCAGCAACUCAAAACUCUACCCCUGACCCCGCCCCUGGCUUUCUAAGCGCUCUACCCUCGGAGAUUCGCCAAAUCAUCUACAAAUUCGCGCUGCGUGGAGUGAAAUGGACAAUAGUAGACGACGAAGACUUCGAACACAAUGACUUCCCUCGGGGUAUAGGGGACCCCAGCGGCUUCUACUACCCAUUGAGCAAAGCGUCAUCGGUUCUUCAUGUCAACAAGCAGAUACGCGGAGAAGCGCUGCCCUUGGCCUUUCGCCUCAUCACAUUUUGCUUCGAUAGCCUCAAAAGGGCUACCAUGUUCCUCAUGGCAGCUGGCCAAAUCGGACGCGAGAACAUUGAAACGCUGCACUCAGUUUGGGAAAGCAGUUCGGAGCCUACCAACAAUUGGGCUAUAUCUUCAGACCUGGGGCUCGUACAGCUUCCCAUGUGGUCGAUUUGUAUCCGGUUGUUGAAACAGUGCAAACGGCUGCGGCACUUGUCUCUUCAAUUUGACAGUGACCUGAUACAGAAGAGAGGAUUCGAGUCCUUCAAGAAUAAUGCAGGCAUCCAGGACCUUUGUACAUUGCAAGGGGUGAAGAGGGUGGACAUCCAAGGAUCCGAACGGGACCCCCUGGGGCACUCUAGUCUUGCCGAACCAACCUCCCUGGAGCACCUUGCCGAGUGGCUCAAAAAGCAGAUGGAGGAGCGCGCGAGAACAGAAGGAGCAGCACAAUGA